AUGAAUCGCUACAACCGUCCUGUCUCAAGGCCAACGGGAAGUCGAUAUAAUGAUGACUUUGGCUAUAGCAUGGAGCACCAGAACGACGAGCAGGUCGAUCUGCUCUCGCAAAAGACCAGUCAACUUCGAGAGAUUACUUUGAGCCUCGGAGACGAGGUCCGCAACCAACAGGAAAUGCUGCGUGGAAUGGAAACGCAAUUCGGAGCGACAGGCGACCUCCUUGGCCAGUCGAUGAAGCGCUUGCAGCAAAUGGCCAAGACACAGACCGGGCGGUGGUUUCUCUAUAUGGUCCUCUUUGUGUUGGUUGUCGUGCUGUAUAAGCGCACUCCAGAGAAGCCCAUGGAUAAGCCUCUUGAAUCCGACCCACGCCUGCCUCAGGCCGAAACACACCACACGUUUCGUCCAUCGAUGAAGCGACUCCGAUCACAGGAUGGCAGUGCUUGGCACACUGCUAUCUCGCCUGAUUCCAAACCACCGUCGAAGGAAGAUUUCAAGAGGCGAAAGCGGUCGAGCCUUGCCGGUGACGAAUGCAGCGCUCAAAAGCCCGCUGGGUUACCUGCCAAUGGCGCUAUCGAAGAUGAAGACAUAGCGGCUCAAGAAAUCAACAGCGGCAGUGGUUCCAUGGGGGACGACGACGACGACGACAGUCGACUGGGAUCUGUCUCUUCAAAUGGAGAUCUUGAUGACCUGAAUUCUGGCGAGGACCCGCUACUGGAUGGCUAUGAUUCGGAUGCCUACGACUCGGAUGACCUCGAGUCUCUGGCACUGGCUCUGAAACAGCGAGGACAGAGCUUGGAUAUUCUGCAUAUUCUUCUUGGGCUCUCACGACGACCCAAGCUUGCGCACAUCAAUACCAUCGACGAUGCCGUGCGGCUCAUCAAAGAAUCACACAACAUUGUCGUUUUGACUGGAGCAGGCGUUUCGGUUUCAUGUGGCAUCCCGGAUUUUCGAUCAAAGAACGGUAUCUACUCACGACUGGACGAAUUCGAGCUUGAGGAUCCCCAACAAAUGUUUGAUCUUGAAUAUUUCAAGUAUCGGCCUGAAAUUUUCUAUUCAUUUGCAAAGGAAAUCUUUCCCAGCAACUUCAGACCCUCGCCAAGCCACAUGUUUUGUCACGGUUCGUUUGCCACAGCGUCAUGUAUCGUAUGCAAGCAUCAAGUUGACGGAAAGGCUAUCAAGGAUGAUAUUUUGGCCAAGACGGUACCCUUGUGUCCCAAGUGCCCUGAGGAGGCCGACGGCAUCAUGAAACCUGAUAUUGUGUUUUUUGGUGAAAAGCUCCCGCAAUCAUUCGAUGCUGCCUUUGCCGAGGACCGCGACAAGAUUGAUCUACUUAUUGUCAUGGAUCCUCGCUCAAAGUUUCACCAGUGGCCAACAGCUCUGCCGGAGGCUCUCGUGGAGCCUUCCAGCCGCGCCACAGUCUCUAAGGGCGACUCGGUGUCAGCGGUCAACGAAGCGGCACCCGUCGUAGCCGCUCCGUUUACCUUCAUCCCUCCCAACCGGUAUCUCUUCGAAGGCGCGAUUUCGGCCAAGCUGAUUCAGACGCACAAUUGGAUUCCGAUGAGCUGUCGCCACAACCCACAACUUUUGGUAGAACUGAGAGCCUCGGUGACUUUGUCCAACAGCAAUAUGCCGAUCUAG